AUGGGAUUCGAAGAUCUUAACAAUGAAAACGGUCUCCAGUUACUAAACGACUGGCUCAAGACUCGUUCAUACAUAGAUGGUUACGUCGCAUCUCAGGCCGAUGUUGCAGUCCUCAAAUCGCUCUCCUUAUCACCUCAAUCAUCAGUCUAUCCUCACGCUGCACGAUGGUACAAACAUAUCAACUCAUACAAAGAGAAAUUCUCAUCACUACCAGGCGAUUCUUCAAAGGAUCAUACACAGUACGGACCAGAAAAAGAAGCAGAAGAGGCAGAACCCUCUAAGGCCGUAACGGAGGAAGAGGAUGACAUAGACCUCUUUGGAAGUGACGAUGAAGAGGAGGAUAAAGAAGCUGAAAAACUUCGUAACCAACGAUUAGAGGAGUACAGAAAAAAGAAAGAAGGAAAGACCAAACCUGCAGCCAAGUCGGUCGUUACUCUAGAAGUUAAGCCUUGGGAUGACGAAACCAACAUGAAAGAGCUCGAAGAAGCAGUGAGAGCCAUUGAAAAGGAUGGUUUACUUUGGGGAUCAUCCAAACUUGUGCCUGUCGGAUUCGGAAUUAUGAAAUUGCAAAUAACCUUGGUGAUCGAGGAUGAAAAGAUUGGCUUGACAGAGUUACAAGAAGAAAUACAAGAAUUUGAAGACUACGUCCAAUCUACCGAUAUAGUAAGUUCUAUCCACACCAAGCAGGUCUAA